AUGCAACGACUGUUCCCUAUUCAGCCCCCUUUCGCCGAUUACGGAAUGGACAACUACCCGUUUUGCCACGUUCUGAUUCCUUUACUCGGCCAGGCCAAGCAGCUGCGCAUACAGACACGCGCACAAUCUCGCAAAGGCAUUUUUCAAUUGGACGUCUGCCAAUCUACCGAUUGUUUAGCUUCGCGGUUUCACCUGCUCCAAAGCAUAGCCAACAAGCAUACUGGUGUGCGACCCAGAACCAUUAAGUUUGGCUGCCGAUUGAGGCGGCAGUGCAAAGCCUAA